AUGGCGGCCCCAGGCCUGAGGAAGCCCACAGUACGAGCCCCUGGGUCAGAGGACGGCCACCUGGAGGGGCAGGAGGGGUGGAGUCACCGGGACCCCCACCUACUGCUGGACGGGCCAAGGCCGGUGAGGCUGGGAGAGAGCCGCUCAAGCCAGACCAGCUGUUUGGGUGGCCGGGGCCGGCAGGCAGAUGUUGCUGCGGCAGAGCGCUGCCCAGAGCCUGCCUCCGUGGACAACAGCAUACUUGUUGUGAAGGAGGAGGAAGGACGCCUCGUGGGCACUUUCCUCUGUGUGAAUGGGUACCACCUCGUGGGAGAGAAGACCCUUCUCUGCGACGCCUCUGGGCAGUGGAGCGCCCCUGCCCCCACAUGCCUCGCUGGCCACUGUCCAGAUCCUGUGCUCCACCACGGCAAGAGCAGCACCUGGGAGCUGGCGCGCGCAGGCGACAAUGUCACGUUCACCUGUGCCGAGGGCCAUGUUCUCAAGGGCAGCAGCUGGAGCCAGUGCCGGGAGGACCACGCCUGGGAGCCACCCCUCCCUAUCUGCAAGAGCAGACACUGUGGCCCUCCAGGGAAUCUGUCUCAUGGCUAUUUUGAAGGAGAAGAUUUCAACUCAGGCUCAGUCAUCACUUACCACUGUGAGGAGAGGUACCGCCUGGUGGGCGUGCAGGAGCGGCGGUGCGUGGACGGGGACUGGGCUGGUGAACCCCCCGAGUGCGAGCGGAUCCCAGACUCCCCGGAGGCAGUGGCCCAGGCACAGCUGAAGGAGGCCCUGCUUGCCUUUCAGGAGAAAAAGGAAUUCUGCAAAGCCAUAGAGAACUUUAUGCAAAGGUUAAAGGAAAAUGGCUUCUCCUUGGAGGAAGUGAAGUAUUAUCUGGAAAUGAAGAAGGCAGGGUUCCGACCGCAGUGACGUGAAUAAAGACUUUGU